UUGUUCCUCUCAGAUAACGAUGCCGCCCUUCCUGCCACUAGAGCUCAUCGAAGAAAUACUUCGCCAUUUAACGGACCCGACAGUCGAUGGACCAGCGUUGGCGAGAUGUAGUCUCGUCUCUCAUGACUUCCGAGCGUUGGCCCAGAAGCUCCUCUUCACGUCAAUAUCGCUCAACAGCCUCAAGUGGGAAGGCAUCCGCCACCUCGUCGACGUUCUCAAAAUCAGUGCUCCAGAACUCGCUCAGUACACCAAAGCGCUUCAACUCGGAAAUCCAAGGGAGAUUCAAGAAGGGCGGGGUGAACAGGUGCUGACAGAGGGGGAGCAGGACGACCUCAUAGCUGAGCUCAUGGGUCUCCUUCCAAACCUUCGGAAACUCAGCUUCUGCGCCAAGUUCGCGAAAUGGGAGUCAUUGGGCCCAGGCGUGCGCGAAGCCAUCGAAGCUCUGUUCAACGGUUGCUCAACAAGGCAGGUGGAGACAUUGGAACUCAAUUCCCUCUUCCUUCUCCCACCGACUCUAUUUCUGUUCUCGACAUCGCUCAAAACGCUUAUCAUUGGAAACGCCACUUUCGAUUACAGCUCGCCCUUUUCGCCAAAGUCGUUUAUUGAGGCGAACGCGGAGGAGAGUCGGGUCGUGUUGCGCCUACAACAUUUCCAAUAUAGGAAUCCCAAUAUCCGUAAUCGACUAGUCGCUUUGGAUCCGACUAUAUUCUCCGAACUCAAGACUUUGCGCAUGCGGCUUCAUCUCGACGACUCGGUUCAACCAGAAGACACUAAAUUCCUGUUGGAGUCGUGCUCAAAUACGCUUACGACGUUGGAUGUGGAGUGGUCAGCGCUGGCUGUUGCCGUGAUGCCUGGAGGUCGAGGUUAUUCUUAUUUCCCUUUCGAUUCGUAUGGCUCUAACUCUACUGUUUCAGCACUUCCGAAUCUUCAAGGUCUGAAGAAUCUAACGACGCUCACGCUCCGAACUCUCAGUCGAUGUUCGCUCCGAUCCGUACCACCAGCCAGCCAUAUCCAAGCGGGAAAAUACAACUUUGCGCUGAUCUUCGACUGUCUCAAGACCAUCACUCCUUCGUGCCCGUUGUCGACCAUCGAGCUCGUCAUCUCCAGUAUCCUUCACUCUCAAACCGACCACUUAGACGUUGGUAGUGGUCAUUCCGUCGUCUAUCCCGGAGCAGAGCAACAUUGGGCAAAUUUGGAUACCCUCCUCUCGAACCAGGAGCUUUAUCCUCGUUUGAAGAAGGUGAUUGUCGACAUGGCGGUGAACGUUGGUCCGGGGCUGGCGUCGACCAGGGGAAGGGAAGGAGGGAUCAGCAAUAAAGACGAACUGAGGAAGGCAGUGGCGACUACGAACGAUCUCCUACCUCGAUUAUCGAAGCAAAUUCGCGUGGUGCAGUACGUUAGCAUCGCAGAUGAAACCCGGGCAGACUGUGAGGCGGCAUAG